AUGAUUACAUCAGCCACUAACGUUUUGAUUAACUUACAAGUCUCAAGAGAUUGUUUUUUCAGCGGAAUUUUAGAUUUUAUUAUCCAACUUAUUUUCCAUUCAUUAACCAAUGCGAACUUUUCCGGGAUAUUCGAAACAAUUUACGAUUCCGCUUUUACAUUAGUAUCACAAGAAGAAGUUUUCCAACAAUUAACAAAAUUACAGAAAUCCAACAUAAUUAUUGCAAUUUCAUUACUCUACAGGCAAAUGGAUGCCGAUAAAUACGAAGAAAAAGCCAUGCUUUUAUACAAUUGCUUAUAUUUUCUUCCAUUAAUUUUUCGAACAAAAGAAUUAGACAUCCAACCAACAAUUGACGUCGUAUAUGUGUUUCUUACAAAAUUCCUUACAAAUAUGGUCGGCGAUCUUCCUUCUUUUGAAGGCGAAAAUAUAAAUGUACCUGAAAUCGAAAUGAAUAUGAUAUACAUUCUUUCAAAGAACUUCCAAAAGCCAUUAGUAUCUCCAGAAUUACUCAAAGAUUACGAGAACGAUCCAAUUUAUCUAAAUGCUCCGACUUUUUACUCUCAAUUUUACUUACAACUCGUAAGUAAGUUCCGCCAGAUAUUUCUUAUGAACCAGGACUUCUUUAAAGGAUUCGCAUCACAACUUACGCCUCAACAUUACCCACAAUUGUUCUCUUUCUUACUUAUGAUUAUUAAUAAGGCGAAAGAUGGGGCAUUUAAUUUAUUUCUGUACAAAUCUAAGUUCAUUGAGAUAAUGUUUAACAGUGCGCUGCUCAACAAUUCAUUUUGCGAGCAUUUAAAUGAAAAUAAUUUGAUUUAUGAUUAUUAUUAUCAACUUCAAGAGAUGAUAUUCAACUUUUUAGGUAACAGCAAUAUUGCUAAGGUCAUAUACAUCACUCUCUCCAAGGUAAUAAGCCAAAGACAGCCGAGAACAAUCAAAUUUUUGUUAAAUACUUUGACACACUCAAUAAUCAUCAAUAAAAUCAACCUUUCUACAUUCACAUCCGUAGAUCUACUCGAAUCAUUACGUCUUGCUGAGUCUUCUUUCAAAAUUUUCCUGACAGAAAAUGAAAAUAAAGAAGUUUUAGAGGCAAGAACGAGAAUUAUCGCUUUUUAUGAAUUCUUGUACCUCAAAAUUAACCCUGUUGUCAUUUUUUCUCAGCCAAAACCAACAAUGCACCUUUUAAGCCUAUUAAAUGAAGAUGAACUUGUAGAUACUGUUGUUAGAUGGAUAGAAUUCGCGUUUAUGUCAUGCAAAGCAACAUUUACAUUAACUGAAAGAUGUUUAAACCUCUUGAAAACGAGAAAUGACCAAAAUUUCCUUUUGAAAUUCGUAGAAAUCUUUGCCAAAUCAUGUAACAACAGUAAGAAUGAUAUCUGUAAAUCAAUCAUGCAGGCAAAAGCGUUCACAGUAAUCAACCAAUUAAUAUCUCAAUAUACUGAAGUGGAAAACUAUGAUAAAACUAUAGCAUUGACCUUAGUUCAGUACCUACUACAGAUAAUAUACCAUGUUUCCCUAAAAGAUGCUGAAGUUGCCAAGGAUUUGAACAAUUCUCCUUUUGGUAUUUUUCAGAAAUUGGCGGUUGUUGCAAGAAAACUUGAAAUUAGUGAUGAAAUAAUUAAUUUCUUGUUUAGUUAUAUAACAAUGUCCAACGAAUGGACUAAAUCAAACGCCGAAAUUGUAAAUCGAGGUCCAUUGUAUUUUAUUACGAAAUGGACAAUUGGAACUGAAAAAUUUCCCGAAGUAUCUUCCCUUUUAUAUCAUUUGAUUGAGUCUUCCAUUCCAAAUAGAUUUCAAUGCUGCCAAGCAUCAGUUAUCUCUCAUCUUGUUGAACAUAUAGCAACAUAUGAGAACAUAGAUUCUGCCUGCAACUGCUUUUCUUUGAUAGGAACUUCUUUUUUCCAUAAAAGAGAAUUAGAAAACUCUUUGAAAGCAAUUGCUGCUGGCCAUACUAACUCUAUUAACUUAUUUAGACUGUUAAUAACCAUUUUAGGUGGAACAAAUAACAUUCCUCCUUCUUUUAUCCACUUAUAUGAUGUUGACAACAGUUACUUUAAAGCAGCAACGAUGAAAGUUCUUUCUCCAGUUACUAUAGAAUUUUCUGCCGAUAAUUCAUUAUUCAAUGAAGGUAAUUUGUUGAAUAUUAUUUACCAAGACCUUCAAAUCUUAAUAGAUUACAAAGAUGGAUCGCAUACGUUUUCUGCCGUAGUUGAUAACUUGCUUGUUCAGUCGGUUUCGUCCUCAAAAAGAACUUCUUUCGACACAUGGCUCAAAUACAAGUUGGAAUUUACAAAAUCUGACGCUAGGCUCUAUAUAAAUAAUGAAUUACUCGAAAUUACGAGACUUCCGAAACGUCCGAUUAAAUUAACAGAUAUCGAAAUCAAAUUGAGCCAUUGCGACUUCGAAUCAUUGAAAGUAACACAGCUUGGCUUCCCAGAAAAGGUUCUCGCAGAGUAUACAGCGAAAUCUGUUCACGAUAACGUGAUUUACAACACUGUUGAUUCGAAUAUGCAGGGAUACGUCAAUGGUUUGGUAAUUCCAUACAAGCCAUCGAUAUUUGGAUCGAUCAAAUCUUACGGUGGUCCAUCGAUUUUCCUUCCAAUUAUCACUGCAGCGAAAAAUUUUUCAGAUCCGAAACUUUUAGUAUCAUCUUUCUUCGGUUUAUUAUCACCAUUGAUAUCAAUACGAAGCCAAUUAUUCAUAGGAAAGAACUUUUUCGCUUGUUUGAACCAAGUUUUGAAACAAAUUGACAAAUCUUUUAUUCCUGAAAAUCUUCUUCAAUAUUUCAUAUCAAUGUAUGAAACAUUAGAAGGUUCUCUCAAGAAAGAGUUCGAAGAACAGAUCUUAAAAGACUUUUCUUUGACAAAAUUGAUUCCUUCUUUAAUUCCGGACAUUUAUCUCCGGUUUCCAAACAUUUUGUCAAACUUCAAGACCUUUGGGAAGUUCUUCAAGGUCUGUGUUUACUCUUUCAAAAACGAUGAACUCGAUAUCAACUUCGCAAACUCACUUUACACCAUUUUUAUUAUGAUGAAAGAGGUCCAGUUCAACAUAGAAACAGAUCUACCUAACAUUUUCAUUUACGGAACCUCUCAUCAAAGUCCAUUGUUGUCUUACGUCUGCUUAUCGUUCAUUACAAGGUAUAUUUGCAUUGAACCGGACUUCAUGAUCAAUUAUCUCGCAAAAUUUGGCUAUUUCCUCCCUAUUUUUGCCAAUAUCCAUAAUCCAUGUCAUGAAAAUCAAUACCUUCUCCUCAAAAUAGCAGCCAUAGUGUUCAACAAUGUCGGUAAAGGUGAGAUUGUCAAGCAAUUCAUCAACUUUACUUCAUCAAUUGUGUUUGAAACAUCAAAACCAGUCCAAAUGUUCGAUUUUCUUUGCACAAUGAUCAAAGAAAAUAAUCCUGAGAACCUAAGAAUUGAUGUUUCCUUCACAGAUGACGUUUGCCAGGUAUAUUAUCCACAAUUUUUGCCAAUUAUCUGUCACAUGCUUCAGAAAAUCCCAUAUGAAGAUGCCUGCAACAAACUACGUAUAAUAAGGGACUGUUUUCUCACUGGUUUUCCAAAAGUUUUGACUUUCGUAUUUUUCACGGCCAUUAUUUACAUUGCGAACUUUACAAAGGACAUGACAUGGCUCCACAUUCUGUUCCCCGAUUCAAAAAUUGGCCAGGAAAUUUAUCAAAUUAUCGCUUUAAUUAACGUUUCUAUGGCAGUUUUCGGGAAACAGUUUGCUGAUGCAUAUUAUGAGAUCUGUACUUAUAUCUUUGAGCAGAAGGUUUUCUCCCAUUUCAUAUUGUCUUCCUUAUUAUAUAAUAUGAUCAAUGUUCCUUCAUAUGAAAUCACUGAGCAUAUCGAUCCUGAUAAGCUAGAAUUUAUUGACUUCAUGAGAUUGAUACCAGAUGUGCUGAAAUCCAACAAUAAAAACACAAUGGAUUUCUUUGCAGCUCCAAAGUCACUUUUGGAUGCCAUAAAGCUUACUGUUGACUCUAUUAUCCACAGUAAUAUAGAAAGAUUCGGUUCUGAUACAAUUUGGCUCUUAUUUAGUAACGCAUUGUUAUAUUUGAACGAAUAUGAGGAAGAUUAUGUGUCGCAAGAGAUCAGAAGCUUAGUUUCUAAUGAAGACAAGUACAUUUGGCUCAAAAUUGCUUCUCUUUACAUAUAUCAUACUUUCCAAAGUUCUCAUAACUCCGAAGAUGCCUUGAAACUUCUCAAAAGUCAAUGGAGUGAACUGUCCGAUUUAUCUGUCGAUCAGAUUUCGGAAUUUUACGCUCAAAGGCAAGUUUCGAAAAUUUCGGAAGCUGUGAUCAACGAAUGCAAGAACUACAUGGGCGAUGCGAUCCACAAUAUCGAGGACAGCUUCGAUACAAUCGGAUCUCAAAUCGCUGUCGGUUCUUCGGAUUUGGAAAAUUUCCUCGAAGAAAUGCACGCAAUUCAGUCUGGUUUAACAGACAAUCAGGAUCUGGACAGAUACGAGAAGCACAGAUCGUUCCUUUACGAGAAUUUAAUUGACAAAUUAAAUAAUACGAUUGGCGGUGUUUGGACAUCGACAACCGAUCGCUCAAUACACAUGAAAUUCGAUCCUGUUAUAGAUAGCUUCGGCAGACAUUACAGAUUGCGUCCAAACAAACAUUUUAAUGAUCACAUGGAUGCUUCGAGAAUGAGAGACCUUUGCACAAACGAAACAGUCAUAGUAGAGAGGAUGAAGACAAUGGAUGUCAUUUCGCAGACUCACAAAUUAACUGCCGACUCAAUUUUGACAUUAGACUGUCAAAUGUGCACAAUUAGAAGAAUAUACUUGGGAAAGGUCAUUGUUACAUCCAACUAUAUUUAUUUCGAUGCAAAUACCUUUAUAACUCCGAUUUCUGAUGAAAAAUACGAUUCAAGAAAGUUUGUUGAGAUUGAAACGUCAUCAAUUAACCAUAUGUUAUGGAGAAGAUUCCAAUUGGUUAAUUGUGCAUGCGAAAUCUUUACUUCAAACUUGAUUUCGUAUUUCUUUAUUUUCGAUAACGACCAAACAAGGAACAAUUUCUUACAGACAGUUGCAGAAAAAACAUAUACUCCUAAUCUGCAGAUCUUCCAGAAGAAACCGUUCCUUGGAUUAGUUCCUCCUGAUAUUAUUGAAAAAUGGAGAACAGGAAAGAUGUCAAACUUCGAAUAUCUGUACUGGUUAAACAUGUUAGCAGGCAGAUCAUACAAUGAUAUCUCUCAGUACCCUGUUUAUCCAUGGAUUUUGUCAAAUUACAAAAAUGAUACAAUUAAUUUCAAUGAAAAAGGUAAUUAUAGGAAGCUCACUAAACCCCUUGGAGCAUUAAACAGCACGAGAUUGAGCAAACUUAUAAAAUCAAGGAAAGAUGUUGAAGGAACUGUUUUUGACUGCCUUUACAGGUCCCAUUACUCUACUCCUGCCUUCGUUAUAUUUUAUAUGAUAAGAAUUGAGCCGUUUACAAGCUUACAUAUCCUUCUACAAAAAGAUAGAUUUGAUAAUCCAAAUAGAUUGUUCUCUAGCAUUCCUUACAGCUGGGAAUUGGUCACAGGAACAGCCAUAGAUUUCAGAGAGCUCAUUCCUGAGUUCUUUUCUUUCGGAACUUUCCUUAAAAAUUCCGAAAAUUACGAUCUCGGCGAACUUUCAAACGGAACUCGAGUAAACGACGUCCAGCUUCCACCAUGGGCCAAGAACAGCUCUCAGUUUGUCAUAAUGAACAGGCUGGCCCUUGAAUCUCCUUAUGUUUCGGCAAAUCUCAACCAUUGGAUCGAUUUAAUGUUCGGCUACAGAUCGAGAGGCCAAGGCGCUGAGGAUGUUUUCAACGUUUUCAGCCCUUACUCUUAUUCCGAAGUUUUGAAUGAUCCAACAAUUUCAGUAGAAGUGGCUCGCUCCUCCGCGUACAACUUUGGAACAUGUCCUGACCAGAUAUUCAGCGAACCUUCCCCAGAGAAACAAAUUCUGAAAACAAAUAAAAUUUGUUCAUCGUCAGGAUUCUUCGAAUUCACCGAAACAAAGCUCGGAACUAUCGAAGGCCAUGUUGUUUCCAUCUAUUCCGAUAACGAUUCAUACGUUCUUUUGACUUCUGAAGGCACAUGCAUCAAAUUCAAGAGUCAAAAGAACGGCCAAUACACGUUUUCCACUGAAAAAUAUCCUUUCAGAUGUUUCUCAUCGCAAUUCGUCUGCGUCAUCAAAGAGACAGACACAAUUGUCGUUUCAGCGCCAUACAAAGAUUACUUCGAAACAUAUUCUUUGUCCAAAAAGAAUUUGCUGAAGACAAGUCCAUCGAAUGGCAGCACAAUCACAGCUUUGACUGGUUCAGAGGAUGGAUCAUCAUUAGCUUCAUGUUGUGUUGAUUCCAGUGUCAUCAUUUGGAAAGGAGAAACUGAUGAAGGAACAAUUAUUUCUGUUCAUUCUAAUCCCGUCAAAUUUGUUUGCAUGAACAAAAGAAAUGACUCUUUAGUGUCUGUUGACAGCUCCAAUUUAUUGGUUUGCACGAGUAUAUCAUCAGGAAAACCAUUCUCUAUCUGUCAAUUGCCUCAAAUGCCAAGUAUUUUGUUGCUUUCGCCAAUGGGAUUAAUUGUUACUGUUACUUCUCCUUUGAAUGUAGAAAACCAAGGAUCAAUAGAAGUCAGAGAUUUGUGUUGCAACAUUGUUGCAAGUCUUCCUCUGAAGUUUAACUCUUGCAAGGCUGUCAUUGCUCAAAUGCCUGAUUUCGGUGAGUUCCUGAUUAUUGGAAUAGAAAGGAAGUUGGUGAUUUGGAGACUGUUCGAUUUGAAGUCUGUUGGAAUUCACAAACUGAAUUCUUUGAUCUCCGAAAUUUCUUAUGUAAGCGAAUCAAAUUUGAUUUUGAUCGUGCUGGAAAACGGAGACUUUAUCAGACUGCAGCUCACUAUAUCAUCAUGA